GAAACGCGCCAGAGCGCGUGCGAGAGAAACUCUCCGGCGAGCCGGCGUCCGCCGCUGCGGCCAAUGAGACGGCGGAGAGGGGAGAGGGAGGCGGGGCGUGGGUGGAUGGGCGGCCUCCGCCUUUAGGGGAGAGCGCGGGACGGGCGGGGCCCCAGAGGAGCUUUGGGGCUGGGGAGCGUUGGGGCUCCCCUUUGGUUGGCGGCUGCACGCGCGACUCCUGCUGCUCCCAAGGCAGGCAGGCAGGCAGGCAAAGCACCUUUCCUUCCCGUCCCUUUCCCGGCUGCAGCCUUCUGUAGCGGGGCUUCCCCGUCCCUCCUUCGCCUCCUUCUGUCCGGUCGUCCCUCCUGGCAGCCCUCUGCUCUCCUCUUCUUCCUUUUUUUUCUCUUUCCUCCCUCCAUUCCCGGGUCUUUUAAUCCCCUUUCCCCGACAUCCCCCACUUCUCUCCCCUAGAGAGGCUCCGCUCCCACCGCCUUGCCUUUCUUCCUCCGCCCCUCAUUGUCUUCUGCAGCAUAUUGCCCAAUUUUCAAAGCAGGGGGAAACUCGCUAUGGGCGAGGACGAGGCAGUCCCGGUGGCUCCCCGGUUCCCUUCCAGCGCCAGCUAGAAAAAGCGGGGCUUUUCGGGCUCGGCCAGGGAGAGUGAGCUAUACGGCAGCAACCUUUCUUCUUGCAGCGGCAGCGGCGACCGUCCCUCUGGUGAUCCGCCAGGCAUCGCGUUGUCUUGGGGCGCUCGGCCCGUCGAGCCCGAUGUGCGAAUUGCUUGACUCGCAGCAGCCGGCCGAGAAACUGAGCAGAAUGAAAAAGUUACGGCGAACUUUGUCGGAGAGUUUCGGCAGACUAGCCUUGAACAAAGAUGAUAAUGGCUUUGAUGAGAUAUGCGUCACAAAGAUGUCCACACGAAAUUGCCAAGGAAUGGAUUCUGUGAUCAAACCUUUGGACACAAUUCCAGAAGACAAAAAAGUCAGAGUUCAGAGGACACAAAGCACUUUUGACCCAUUUGAGAAGCCAAAUAGUCAAGUAAAAAGGGUGCAUUCAGAGAACAACGCCUGCAUUAGCUUCAAAUCUUCAUCAACUGAGAAGGAAUCUCCUAAAAUCAGACGGCAUUCCAGUCCUAGUUCUCCAACAAGUCCCAAAUUUGGAAAAGCUGAUUCUUAUGAAAAACUGGAAAAACUGGGUGAAGGUUCAUAUGCUACAGUGUACAAAGGGAAAAGCAAAGUAAAUGGAAAGUUAGUAGCACUGAAAGUAAUAAGACUUCAAGAAGAAGAAGGUGCUCCAUUUACAGCUAUCAGAGAAGCAUCUCUCUUGAAAGGUCUGAAACAUGCUAAUAUUGUGCUGCUUCAUGAUAUCAUCCAUACAAAGGAGACACUGACGCUGGUAUUUGAGUUUGUGCACACAGAUUUAUGUCAGUACAUGGACAAACAUCCUGGAGGACUUCAUCCAGAUAAUGUGAAGUUAUUUUUAUUUCAAUUGCUGCGAGGACUUUCGUACAUCCACCAACGUUACAUUUUGCACAGGGAUCUGAAACCCCAAAAUCUUCUGAUCAGUGACACUGGGGAGUUGAAACUGGCAGAUUUUGGUCUUGCAAGAGCUAAAUCUGUUCCUAGUCACACUUACUCUAAUGAAGUGGUAACCCUCUGGUAUCGACCUCCAGAUGUUCUCUUGGGCUCAACAGAAUAUUCCACUUGCCUCGAUAUGUGGGGAGUUGGUUGCAUUUUUGUGGAAAUGAUUCAAGGAGUUGCUGCUUUUCCAGGAAUGAAAGAUAUUCAGGAUCAGCUUGAAAGAAUAUUUCUGGUUCUAGGAACUCCAAAUGAAGAGUCAUGGCCUGGAGUUCAUGCGCUACCACAUUUCAAGCCAGGUUAGUUUUGCAUACUAUUAAAGUUAUAUAUAUAUAUCAUUUUGAAAGAUAUUGGUUAUAUGAAGAGAAGCACCAUCUCAAGGUUUAGUGUAUUAGUAAUAAAAAGUCAUUGCAAAAUGCAGAUUAUGAUUUCUAAUGAACCUAAAGUUAAAUUAUACCAACAUUUAAUUUAAUAUUUGAUCAGAGAUUCUUUUCUUUAUCAGGAAUCAUUCUUUGCUUGAAAUUUAUGUAUGUUUUUAUUACAUAUGUAUUUGGUAAGAAAUAUUAUGAAGAUGCUUGAAUGAACAGUCUGUGGUGCCUUCCCAUAGAUAUUCUAUAUGUUAACUUUAGCUAGGGAGAACUUUAGCUUUUGGGCCACCUAUUUACUUCUUUCCCUCUGUAUUUUUCUCUCCCCCCCCCCAAUUUUUAUACUCAGCUAGUCUAGAAAUAUCUCAAUUCUGUAUUAUCUUUUCAAGACAUUUAGUCCUAGGAGACUUUUAACAAUGAUUGGAAACAUCACACUGCUUUUCUCAUCCCAUUUUGGCAUCUCUUUUAUCAAGAAAUCAAAAUGCAAUUUUACACCUUAUUAGGAAUUAUAAUGGGAGCUGAAGCAUCUCAGCUCAAUGUUUUAGAGCUGUAAAAGAAGAAUGUACUUAGCCAAUAAAUCAAUGUGUUGCUCCUAAAGAAAAUAGUUACAUAUUGUAUUUUCUGAAAUAGUGAAUUGGAUAUGGACCCAUUUGAAACUGAUAUCCAAAUUUUUCAGAAUCAAUUGUUGUAACAUUGCUUUUGAUCUAUUAUAUUGAAUACCAGAAUUGCUUCAAUGUAAUUAGGAUGUACAAAGUGGGAAUGUAAUAUAAAAAGCAUAGAGCUAACUAUUAAGCUAGAGAAAAUUGGCAAUAGUAAUAACACUUAAGACUAAUAUACUGCUCCAUAGUGCUUACAGCAUACAUCGAACAGUUUACAAUGUCAGUGUAUUGCCCUCAACAAUCUGGCUCCUCAUUUUACCGACCUCGGAAGGAUAGAAGGCUGAGUCAGUCUUGAGCCCCAUCAGAAUUGAACUGAAGACUGCAGGCUGAGUUUGCUUGCAAUAUUGCAUUCUAACCAUUGUGCCACCAGGGUUCAAAAUUAUUGUUUGAAUUAUUAUCUGUAUUAAUAUUAUUUAUUGAUGUAAUACUUUUCUUCUUUUCAACAGCAUUAUCUUAACUUUUAUGGGCAAAGUACACUAAAUAUUAAAUAGUUUAAAAAAGUCUAUUAGAUAAGCAAAAAAUUAUUCUAAACAAAACUUGCAGUGUUUAUAUCUUUCAUUCUAUAGAAAUUAACUAUUUUACAAUAGUGUCCCAAAAUGUGACUGGAAUUAAUGUUUCUUCCCAUGCUUUAUGUCUUGUGUUUCUGUUGAAAUGUUAAUAAUUCAUUUUUCUAAAGAGUUAUCUUUUUGUUAAAGAAUAUUAAUGAAAUACUGAUGGUUAUUAUUUUAUAAGCUGAGAAAACUCAUAGAAUGUGAUUUGGUACAGUGUUUGAAAUCUGGCUUGAUUUUGUAAGUGUAAUCAUUGUGACCUAUGGUUUUGCUCUUCUUGUUUUCAAAAAUAUUUUUCAAAAUACUCAUUGAGCCAAUUCUUCUCUCUCAACCAAAUCUCCUAAACCUAAACAGUUUUGCUGCAGGGAAAAAAAUGAAGGAAGAAAUGUUAAAUAUUGCUUUGGACUUCUGAAAGAAAACUGUGAUAUAGUCCUAAUCAAAUAAAUAGGAAUGGAAUAGAAUAGAAUAGAAUAGAAUAGAAUAGAAUAGAAUAGAAUAGAAUAGAAUAGAAUAGAAUAGAAUAGACGUUGGAAGUCUUCUAGUCCAACCCCCACUCAAGCAGGA